AUGGGAAAUAAUUAAUCAUGUUGUUCAGUUCGAAUAAGACAGCCUACAAAUACAUUAGAUAAGAAAGAAGUGUUUCUAUUAUGUGAUGUCUUAAAACAUUCCUAAGAGGACAAUCAUACAACCUACUUGGAUAAACAAUGUUUCGAAAGAAUAUUCUAAGACAAUCCUUUAUUUGGAGAAUAAGUGUUUGAAUAUUGUUCACAUAUAUUAUAAGCUACUUAGUUGCCCCUUGAAGGAUGCAUUAAUAUACGUAAGAGUUUAUAUCACAUUCUAGUUUAGGGUAUACUAAGUACUUCUGACAUAACACCAAUAUUACUAUAGAUUUGUAUGGAAAACUAUGAUGGAACAAUUCAAGUAAUAACAGUUUAGUAGGCAUUCCAAUUCAUAGGAGUAAGAUAAAUAUUUGAUAAUUUAAGUUAAUAACAUCUAUUUUCCUAACAUUUUGUAUAAGGAAAUAACAAAUUGAUGCACAAGUCUUAGAAAUUCUUAUCCAUUCAUUAUUUAAAGAAAAGUAAAUGAAGACUAAUGAAUUUUUAUCAAUAAUUGAAGCUAAUUUUCCAUACAUUCAAAAACUGAUACGACUAUAUUUAUCUUAUCGAUUAUUAUAGAAACCAUUUAAUUAAAUGAGAGUUGCAAAGAUAGAUAAAGAUUCAUUCAGUCUGAAAUAUGAAUGGUUAGCAAUAAUGGGUUUAGCUACUUCAGAAUUGCAUCGUCAUGGAUAAGUGACAUUAUUAUAUCAAUCUGCUUUACAAUCAAUUAAUUUAUAAGAAAUAUUAAUUUCAAUGCAAUAGACUUAAACUUUAUUGGUAGUUACAUUUUAAGAUGAAUAAACUAAUAAGAAAUUAACUUUAGCAAUUUAUAACAAACGUUAAUGGUAAGUAGAUUGUAAAGAAACAGAAAGUAUUAUUGCAUUUCAAAUAUCACCAAUUUUUUAUAUAUAUAGAAGUUAAUUUAAAAACUAUUUUAAUAAUAAUGGUUUUGGAUUUUCACUUGAUUAAAAGACUAAUAGAUAUUUAUUAUGGUUAGGAAAUUAAAAUAGUUAUUUUUAGAAUUCUUAAAGAGUAAAUUUAUAUAUAAAUUAUUAGUUAUUAACAGUUGAAGUUUGGAGAUGUGAAGAAUUAUAAUCUAAAUUAAGAAAAAGUGUAAUGGAUGAAGAUAGAACAUCUACUUUAAGUCCUAAAGAAUAAAAAAAGAGAGUUUCUUUUCGUUUAUUAGAUGAAAAUUAACCUUCAAGGAAAAGUAAUUCAGUAACACCAAUUACAAAAAAAUUAAAUUUUAUUGAAAAUGUUCCACCUAAAUCAUAACCACCUACUCCUAUGUAAACUUUGUAAAAUAUAUUAUUUAAAUUAGUCAAAUACAAACUCUUUAAGAUGAUUAAGAAAGUCCAAAAUCUCCUCAUUUUAAUAGUGAUAAUCCUCCAACAUUUAAUAAUCCUUAAGCUUAGGUUUUGAAAUCUUACCCAAAUUCAUAAAAUUUAAUUAAUAAUAAUAUUUAAUAAUAGAGUAAGUAAUAAAAUCGACCAUCAUAAUCAAUUAUUGAAAAAUAUGGAAAUGGAUAAAGAUAAACAAGAAGUGUUUCAAAUAAUAAUGAAGUUAGAAAAAGUGUAGAUGAUAUUCUUAAAAGAUAUGAUAAGAAAUAAUGA